UCCAAAUUCCAAAUUCCACGCAUUCCGAGUGGAAUUACAUCUUAUCUUGCAGUCGGCAGCAUCGUAGCUCUCUACCAGGAAGACCACUCAGGUUUUUAAUAUAGAUAUAUCUAUAUUAAAUAUCUGAUAGGUGUCAAAGAUGGACGCGAUGUCGGUCACUGGUACGAGACAAUGCUGCAAAGCCCUACAAUUCCAGCUAGCUAGGCUGCUGGAACAACAAUCCGCGGAUAAAAGGGCCAAGAGGAUCAACAGCGAUGAACAGUUGCAGAAAAUCAUUUCUCUGGAGGAUAAGAUAAAAAGUCUCGAGGAAAACUUGAGAGUUGUCCAACAGGAGAAGAUGGAGAUCGAAACAAACUCGACAGCCGCCAAACAUCUUCUCGAGAACCACGUGGCUGAAUUGCAGCAAACAAACGCCAAACUUCUGGCCCGACAUAAAUUAGCCAACGAAGAACACAGGUCGGUCCUUGAGGACUUUAAGGAAAUGUACAGGGCGGCCAUUGAAAAAAUGACACUACAGACAAAUUCUGACAUGUCAGAAAUGGUCGCCAGCCACGACAGGAAACUGACCCAAACAGAGCUGAUCAACACAAAAGAAAGAGAAAGGCUAGUGUUGGAACACGAAGAAGAAAUACGUCAACAUGUGACUAAACUGCAGUGCUUGGAGAAGGAGAGCAAGGAGGCUUUGAUGGAGCUGAGCAACUCUCUCAAUGAGAAAGAAGCCACCUUCCACAUGGACAUGAAGACAAUUCAGUCCAUGUACCUAAAGAAGAACGAGGAAAGCAACGAAUACCAACGUGUCAACAAGAUACUGAAGGACAAGAUAAAACCAUUGGGAGAUCUCCUGAAGGAGGUGACCACAUUAAAAUUUACUCUGGUAGUUAAAAACAACUUGAUCAAAAACAAAAUGGAAGAUAUUGUAACACUAAAGAAGGAGAAAACAAAACUACAACGCCUCUUGGCUGAGGAACAAGGGAGCUACCUCAUCCUCAAAAUCCGAUUGGAUUGCGAGCUGGACAAGAAGCUCGAGGACAAGUUGAAGGAGGCGCAGUUAAAGGUGCUUGAAAAAGAUGACGAAUGCAAAGCGUACAAAGACACCAUUACAGAUCUGCGAAGUGAAACCAUUGUUCUGAGGGAGAAAGUGCCCCCCCUCAAGGCCAGCGUGGUGAAGGAGAGGAAGCGGUCCGACGAGCUGAAGGCCUAUCAGCAGCGCUUCAAGGCCGAGCUGGUGGCCUGCUUGGAUUUAAUAUCCCAGCCCUCCGAGUUCCAGAAGAGCAUGGCCGCACUGAAGAGAAAGUACAUUGACGACAACGACCUCAAGGUCCCGAAAGAGGACACGAGGUUCGAAGAGCAAUUUCUCAAAGUGGCGAAUAACGUGCGGCGGAAGCUCGUGGCUGGAGAGUGCCACCAGGUGAAGGUCGAGAGGAGCAAAUACUUGAAGAAAUGUAAAGAUCUCCACAAGGAGGUGAGGGUGAUCAACGAGCAGACCGUCAUCAUACGGACGCAGCGGGCCCAGAUCCGGCGCAUGGAGCAGGACCUGAAGACAAAGGGGAGAUGCCGGAAAGAGGCCCAGGGACCUUCCUCAGUCGCCCCAUUGGCUGUGAGGGGAACGACCGGCGGUGGCUCCGCCCCCCUGGCCGCACCUCCCCGUCCGGGUGAGCGCUCAACGCCCGAAGAGCCGGCCAAUCAGAUCCUCCCCAGGACACCGGCGCCAUCUGGCCCGGCUCAGUGAUCACCUGGGGUCAGGCCGGGGGGGGGGGGCGACGACGACGACUUCAUGUUCAACCCGAGACGAGGCCCUCGGUGGAAUGCAGCUCCAUCAGCGUGUGCUACCUGCUGCCACACACACGACCCGUGUGCACCUCAUCACACCUGCAGCUACGCUCAAAAUAAAGUACGACAAACACGGCU